UGUCAGGUAUUAACACACCGAGUGUGAUUAAAUGUGGGAGGUGGAAGCUGCGAGGCUGGCAGAGAGCGCUGCCGCCGCUGCGAGCUGGAAACUACUGAAUGGGAAUCUAUCCGGCAACCUCACCAGACCGCUGUCUCACGGCGACGCGGGGUCUCUGCGUAAAACCAAGCGGCGCGUCUCCAAGUCUGGCUCAGCCCCACUCGCAGCCGGAGAGGACGCUGAAGUUGGAUCGGGCGAGCAGCUCCUCACUUGUUACCGGCGCUCGGCACCCGCGAACAUGCCCGCGAUCAAGAAGGAGCGGCUGGACGGGGACGACAUGGCGCUGACCGCGUUCAACCGGUCUGAAUACCUGGCCCCUUUAAAUGCCGCCGCCAUGCCCGUGGUGACCCCGCACCCGCCGCCCUACGACCACAUUUUCGCCCAUCACCGCGCGUACUUGGGGCUCCACGACUCGGCGCUGCACCACCAGCACCUCCACCACCACACGGACGACUUGAUGCUGGAGAGGUUCUCCUCCAUCCCCGACUUUCAGCCCUUCUUCGACAACGGGGAGCCGUGCAUCGAGGUGGAGUGCGGCGAAAACAAGGCUUUGCUUUAUAUCAACAAAUUGUGUCAAGGCAGUAAGGGACCCUCGAUCAAAUACAGGGGCGAGUGGCUCACCCCCAACGAGUUCCAGUUUGUCAGUGGACGCGAGACCGCCAAGGACUGGAAACGCAGUAUUAGACACAAAGGGAAAAGUCUCAAGACUCUCAUGUCCAAAGGAAUCUUACAGGUGCACCCGCCGAUCUGUGAUUGUCCAGGUUGUCGAAUUUCAUCUCCAGUGAACCGAGGACGCUUGGCAGAGAAACGCACCAUCCCCCUUCCCCCCAACCGGGUGCCCAAGAAGGAGCUGGCCUCCAUCUUCAGCAGCGACGACAGUGAAGGCAGCGAUCGAGCCAGUGGGGAUCAUACCCACAUCAAACAAGAGGACGAGUUGCAUUACAGUAUUAUGAGAAAGAGUCGUGACAGUGACCUCUCUACAAUCAUCUCCAACCUGCACCACACCAGACAGCACGGCAUGCCCGAGGGCCAGUCAGCCUCCGACCACAACACCAGUACCGGACACACAGAUGACCUUCUAGGAAAGAGAAGAAGCUUCUCCCCCAACAGUAGCAGCGAGUGUCCCUCUGACAGCAAGAAGUCGCGUAGCGUAUCCCCCAAAGAGACCUCCCGGAGCCCGGUGGUGGAGGCAGGCAGCAGCCACGGCCACAUGAGCCCCGAGGAGCACUACAGGCGCAUGAUGUCAGCGCUCAGCGAGCAAGGGUCCUUUGAGGAGCAGCAGCAACGGCUCUACCAGCUGGCGAGCAGCAUGGGUCUGCCUGGCCCCGGUCAGUCCACCGGCUCCGUGUUCGUAGAUAUGCUACGUGCUCGCCAGGAGGCGCUGGCUGCAGCGGUCAGGAAUCCAGGGGCCUUAGAAGCUCACCUGCCCUCCGCGGGCAGCUCCUCUUCGUCCAGCCAGAGACGCAAGCAGGGUCUGCCGCAGCAUCGGGACGCACAUUACACUGACAGAGAAAUGUCCCACCCUCCACCCUUACUGUCCCCACCAACUGCCCCCCACAUCGCCUUAGGAGCUCACCUGCGGCCCCCUUUUCUGGGCAUGCCCUCUGCUCUUUGCCAGGCCCCCGGUUAUGGUUUCCUCCAACCGGCCCAAGCUGAGCUCUUUGCUCGGCAACAGGAGAUGCUGCGGAAGCAAAACCUGGCCAGACUUGAGAUGUCGGCGGAGCUGCUGAGACAGAAAGAGUUGGAAAGUCUCCACCAGAGACAGCAGCAGCAGCAGCGUCUUCUGGGCUCUGAGCCUUUGGGGGCUCUGCCUCCUGGCCUGCCCCCCGACCAUCCGGCCCUGCGGAGCCUCCACGACAUCCCAGAGGGCCACCCGCUCCGCGAGGAGCUGGUCCGCCGCUCUAAUGCAAUGAUGGUGCUCCGCCAUGGGGCCGCCACACCCCUCCUGUCCCUCAGCCACCACCAGCACCAACAGCCGGGACCGCCCUCCGGACCCAAAGACAACCAGGCGCACAGACCUGCCGCCGGCCCGGAUGCCGAAUUCAGGAAGGCCCCCCGCAGGGCCCCCCAGGCGCAGCACCAUGCUGGGGAUCACGCAGAAGGGAGGGAGGACCGAGGAAGGCUGGGGGACAGGGAGGCGCAUGAUGAGGAGAUGAAGGACUCGGACAGUGACACGGAGACGUGUGAGGAGAGGCAGGACGGUGUCGCUGCCAAGCCGAGCAGUAAAGCCAGGCAGAGAGAGCGCGGCGUCAUAGAGUCUGCUGGCACGGCGGUUUGUGACGCUGUCAAGGAGACCGGAGAGAGCUCAGGCAGACUGAGCGUCCCUUGUAGUUCAACGGGUACGGAGUCCCCCGGGCGCCACCUCUUCACGCCUGGACUGGGCAAGGGUGACGUCAAGUACCACCUGCCCCCUGGGUUCAUGCCCCCCCUGCCUGCCCUUCAUGCCCAGUCACUGCCCUUUGGAUUCCCCUACGCCAACCCCUACUUUCACACAGGCUCUGUAGGAGGUCUUUUCAUGGAUGGGGAGGAAUCAACCACAGCAAACCCUGUGGAGGAUAUCAGCAAGUGGAGUGUGGAGGACGUGUGUGGCUUCAUAAGCAGCCUGGCUGGAUGUGCAGAAUACACACAGGUGUUUCGGGAGCAGGCCAUUGAUGGAGAGACAUUACCGCUGCUCACUGAGGAGCACCUGCUCAACACCAUGGGACUAAAGCUGGGGCCUGCCCUCAAGAUCCGCUCACAGGUGGCGCGGCGCGUUGGCCGGCUUUUCUACAUGACUGGAUUCCCGCUGGCGUUCCCGUUUCCGCCUUCUGCCGCGCUGCGCCCCCCGGAACGCGAUCGGGACCCCCUGACAACGCCAUCUGACGCACUCCUGCCUCUCUCGCUGUCCCUGCCCCACAGACCCACUUCAACCAGCAGCAGUUCCUCCCCCUACAGCGGCCCCACCCCAGGGUGCUCCUCCCCCAAGCGGGAAAAUGGUAACUGCUCCACGGUAGCCGGAAGAUACGAGACCAAAACUCCAUCGUAGAAAAGGACAGGCCGGGAUGAGGAACCCAACCCACCGAUGUUGACUCCCGGGGCCCUUUUGGACAGACUUUCCCCAUUCCGGGACCUUAAUGCUGGAAUUCAGGGGCAAAUAUCGGACUGGAAUAAAAGACGUAUCCAGCGAAAACCGCUUAAUAUUUCCUCUGCAUUGGUUGUAGCCAAGCAGAAUCUCAACAAACUGGGCUGGAAGGGAGUUACGUGAAGCGACAGAGGGGAAAAAAGGGAACGAACACAAAAAUAGAGGAUGAGGAGACAGCUGGUCACAGACAGCCUGCCAAAAAAAAAAAAAAGAAAAGGAGCGAUGGCCUGCCACAAAUGUGAAAUUCUUGCAAGUCAGACGCUAGCGAAUACUCUUCCUUCCUUCCUGGGCUGGAGGAAGCCCUGCUCACUCACUCUUUCUUCUCUGACUGCUCUCGCCACGAGCCCCGAAGAAUCCGGGAAUUAAAGAGAGACGUCCUCCCCUUCUUGUCAUCUUCCUAUUUUCCCCCCAGCUUGUUUCCCGAGGCCCAACAGCAGCAUAUGCUGAGCGGCAACAGAUCCGAACAGCUCCCUCGUAUCACUGCAACUAUGCAUUCCACUGUCCCGAUACCAAAGAUGACUGGAUAUGUGGAAUUGGAAAAAUGUUUCACGUGUCUGCAUUUUUUUUUGUUUUGUUUUUUGCAUUGAUGGUCACACAGGGAAAGGCUAGUGCCUCACAUGAGGUGGCACGGGAAGUUACUGGCAUAGUGGAGAAGCCUUAAUGGUGGCUAUGGUGUUCGGCUUAAGGGGAUUGUAUGCUCGCAUGACUACUGUGGGAAGUAGAAAACAUGCAAAAUUGUACAGAAUCAUUAAGAUGAAAAUAUCCUGAAGGUUACAUACGUGGUACUUUUUUCUUUUUUUUACAUAGUUGCACGAAUAAGGUUUUCUUUAAUGGAGAAAAAAUGUGACUUGGUGGUAUUUUUGUUCAUACUUUUGUUCUGCCCAUUAAAAAAAAAAAGUAAGGCUCGCUCCGAUUUUGAAUGCUACUUCAGCAUAUAAAUAUGAGGAAAAAUAUUUAUAGGACUUUUGAUGUAGUAGAUAAAGCAGAUUAUGACAUGUAUUAUAAUUAGCCCUCAAGAUGGAUUCCAAAGAAACUUUAACUUUGUUUUCUCUUGGUUGCAGGGAAAAGAAAGGCACAAAGCUCUUAUUGCAAAUGUUUGGAAUUUGUUAUGGAAUUUUUUUUUUUUUUUACUACGCAAGCAAUUAAUUAAAAAUGGUCUAGAUUUCCCUUCUAAAGUUUUGUCUUCAUCCUAUUUUUCUAUUUACCACAGGUAAAAUAAAUCCUAAACCAAGUUC